AUGGAUACAGACCGAAGUUGGAUGUAUAGACGGCUCCAGGGCGGGUUGCUAUACCCAGGCUUUACCGAGCGCGUGCAAGAGUUUGUUAAUUUCGCUUUACACCAUCCCGCGUGUAUGAGUGGGCCCCAGAUUAAAUGCCCUUGCCCUAAGACAAGAUGUAAAAAUACGAGUUAUCGAGACGUCGAAACGGUGAAACUACACAUUCUGCAGAAAGGGUUUGUGGCAGAUUAUCAAGUGUGGGUUUUUCAUGGGGAGGGAAAUGUUUUAAAUCCCCGUCCCGUUGCACAGCUACCGGAGUAUGACGUUGACAUGGAAAAUGAGGGGGGAGACGACUUCAGCUCCGUUCAGAGAAUGGUUAUCGAUGCUACAGAACCUGUAUUCCUCGGUAAUAGCAAACACUCUCCGUUAUCUGCGGCUGUUAAAAUGUUGGACAUCAAAUGUCGUCACAGUGGCUCAGUAGCUUUAGUAGAUGAUGUGACCGAAUUUAUACAAGAGCUACUCCCAGAGGAGAACAAGAUGCCAAAGAACUUUGCCGAAAUAAAGAAGAUGGUUAGAGGUCUUGGGUUGCCGGUCAAAGUUAUCGAUUGCUGUUUGCGCAACUGCAUGAUUUACUGGGGGUCAGACGCGGAUUUAACGCGAUGUAAAAUUUGCGAUCACGAACGGUGGAAACCGCCCCCUAAAGGAAAUUCUGUGAAAAGACGAGUUAACGUCCCUUAUAGGAAAAUGUUUUAUUUUCCUAUAACUCCGAGACUGCAGAGACUGUACGCUUCUAAAGCCACCGCCAAGCAUAUGACGUGGCACGCAGAACACGAAAUGGUUGAUGGAAAGAUGUGUCACCCGUCAGACUCCCCAGCAUGGAAACAUUUUAGUGAAUUGCAUACAGAGUUUGCGGAAGAAGUUCGAAAUAUUAGACUAGGCCUGUGUACUGAUGGGUUUCAACCAUUUGGGGCCUUCGGGCAGAAUUAUUCAUCAUGGCCAGUAAUUUUGACACCCUACAAUCUCCCCCCAUGGAUGUGUAUGAAAAAUGAGUUCAUGUUUUUAACUGUUAUUGUCCCUGGGCCUCGAAAUCCUAAACAUCAAAUGGAUAUUUUCCUGCAGCCGUUGAUAGCUGAGCUGAACCACUUGUGGGAAUUUGGAGUCCGGACAUUUGACGUGCACAGGCGACAAAAUUUCCAAUUGAAAGCGGCACUUAUGUGGACGAUUAAUGAUUUUCCCGCUUAUUCUAUGUUAUCUGGCUGGAGCACAUCUGGGAGACUAGCUUGCCCACACUGCAUGGAAAAUACAGAUGCUUUCACGCUUAAAGGGAGUAGAAAACAGUCGUGGUUUGAUUGUCACAGGAAGUUCUUGCCUCGUGGUCACAUAUACCGGCGUAAUACCACUGAUUUCCGAAAAGGAAAAACCGUAAAUAAAGAAUUCAGUCGGACGAAAACCGGUGAAGAAUUGUUGGCAGAGGUGGACCAUUUGGGGUUUAUGAAGGCAUAUGAAAUUGGGGCUGGGACAAAUAAUGCGGCGAAGUCGACAGAUUAUGGUUGGAAUAAAAAAAGCAUCUUCUGGGAUUUGCCGUAUUGGAAAACGAAUCUCAUUCAUCACAAUCUCGAUGUCAUGCACAUUGAGAAAAAUGUAUUCGACAACAUUUUCAAUACUGUACUAAAUGUUCCCGGGAAAACAAAGGACCAUGCAAAAUCUAGAGAAGAGUUGAAUGACAUAUGUGAUCGGCCUGAGUUAGCAAAAGACCCGAUUACUGGGAGAUUUCCUAAGGCGCUGUAUGCUUUGGAUAAGGACGGAAAAUAA